AUGCUAGGUUUUGUAGGUAGUUCUAGUUGUAAGGGGGAAGUGUGCGAAUUGAAAUUGACUCUGAAGGGAAGGCAUUGGAAAAUAGAAGGACGUUGUCAAAAUAAUGAAAACAAGUUAAAACAAGAAAGGGAAUUUUUGACAAGUUGUCAAUAUUCUGACGAUACUGGAUAUCACAGAGUGAGGAGCGGAGUGGAUGUUUGGUUCACGGCCAGUUUACCGGCCUACAGGGUGCACCCAAGGAGCAGCGAGAGCAGUGGCGAGAAGAACGAUUCAAUAUUGGCGGCACAAAAGCUGAACCUGUCAGCUUCUCCACAUAGGAAAAAGAGGUACAGCCUGGAAGAAGGGGAUGGCACGGGAUUCUGUGGAGCUCUGCAAAGAACUCCUCCACCAGUACCUCCAGCGCUACUCAGAAAAAUUGGAGUAAAGGAAGUUACAGGGGUUGGAAAGUCUCGCAUGAAACUGUGCAAUUGUAUGGACGGUCACUACAAACAAUGCCCUAAUGAACUGCCUGAGAAACUGCCGAAGACAAAUAAAAGGCCAACCUCUCGGUAUCUGGACUGCUCGGAUUCUGGAUGGAGGAUGAAGUUCCGGAAAGGCCGGAGAUGCUCGAUUCCCGACGAAACUUGUCCAUUAUCGCUGCACACGUGUCACUGGCACCUCUCGAUGCCUGAAAAGUUCCACUUCUCGCCCAGUCCUCAGGCGAGGAAAGUUGUACAUUAUAAGUGGCUGGACCGCCACCGAGUAUCGAGAAGCGGGCCCGAGGCCUGA